UGUCAUGGUAAGUAUAAAUUUUCAAAACUGAGAAGUACACGUAAUAGACUAGCAAUUAUCAGUCUCCUACAUGAGAAGCUAGCAAAAUCCUAUACUUUCACUCAAUAUAUCUAUACCAUGAGCAAUUUCAAUAGAAGCUUUUUCAGAGUUUUUGGUUUCCUCUUGCUACUCCCUGCGCUUGUGAUCGGAGAUUGUCCAUGUGAAAAUGAAGCAGAAGAUCGUAACAAAUCUGAGGCUCUUAAAUAUAAAGCUGUUGGUAUAGCUGCAAUUUUGGUUGCUGGUGCAAUAGGUGUUUGCCUCCCAAUUUUAGGAAGGUUCAUCACAGCUUUACAUCCUGAAAAGAAUAUAUUUUUCAUAAUCAAGGCCUUUGCAGCUGGUGUAAUUUUGUCAACUGGGUUCAUUCAUGUGCUUCCUGACGCUUUUGACAGCUUGACAUCACCGUGCCUCAAUGAGAACCCUUGGGGAAAAUUUCCUUUCACCGGUUUUGUGGCCAUGGUUUCUGCGAUUGGGACCUUGAUGAUUGAUGCUUUUGCAACUUCUUAUUAUGCUAAGUCCCAAGGACAAGGACAACAUAUAGCUGGAGAUGAGGAGAAAGCCAGAGAAAAUGGAGGACAGAUGCAUGUUCACACUCAUGCAACUCAUGGUCAUUCACAUGGUUCAGUUUUGAUUGAGAAUUCUGCUUCAUCUGAACUUCUUCGCCAUCGAGUUAUUUCACAGGUUUUGGAGUUGGGUAUUGUGGUCCAUUCUGUGAUAAUAGGAAUAUCUUUAGGUGCUUCUGAAAGUCCAAAAACAAUAAGGCCUCUAGUAGCUGCCCUCACCUUUCAUCAGUUCUUUGAGGGUAUGGGACUUGGAGGAUGCAUUGCUCAGGCAAAAUUCAAGGGAAGAGUUGUUGCCACUAUGGCACUUUUCUUCUCUCUUACAACCCCAGUUGGUAUCGCAAUCGGAAUUGGGAUAUCAAAUGUGUAUAAAGAGAAUAGUCCAACUGCUCUCAUUGUUGAAGGGAUUUUUAAUUCAGCUUCAGCCGGAAUUUUAAUUUACAUGGCAUUGGUGGAUCUUCUUGCCGCUGAUUUUAUGAAUCCUAAAGUACAGGGCAAUGGAAAACUCCAACUUGGAGUUAAUCUUUUUCUUCUGCUUGGUGCAGGCUUGAUGUCUCUCUAUUUAAUAGACCAGACUUGAAACAAUGGCGUGGAGACUAUAAGUGUUUUUCUGCCUUUGGAAGUUGAGAUAAUUCUCUCGCUCCUUGUUAGUUUUCGACUUCCGGAAGAUUAUUUAUUCCGUAUAUGGUUUUAUUCCAAGAAGUGAACUCAGGUUAUCUUGUGGCCCGGUGCUAUUUGAAGAUAAAGUUAAGCACUUCUUGUAGCCCCUUUUAUCUGAUAUUCUUACACACCUGGUACAAUGAUGCAGCCAGCCUCACCAUCUUGAGAUAGAAAAUGUAUAUAAUCUUCAUGAAUAAUUCCCAAUUAAAAAAGUUAGCUAGGUCAUGCACCUCAGCUGGAAUUUUCGUUUA